CUCGUGCUUGGUAGACUUUACGCGCGACAAGCAAACGGACACUUCAGAAAAGGAGCAUGAAACGAAUUUGACACCACACAUUACAAGGCCACAACAGUCAAAUAGCAGCACCACAUCUAGCGAUGGCGCUGCAGUCUCGACAUGGCCGCGCAACUUUUCUUCACGCUUAUUGGCGCGAGCGUGCGCUUAGACCCUGCCUUAGACGCCCAGUGCUGACGGUUUCAGCUGUUGCAGCAAGUUCUUCAGCGGCGGAAGGGCGCGGCAAAGCGAGCGGCCUGGGGUCCCUCACCUUUCUCGAUUUCGUCGUGCCUUUCAGCACGCCGCUUGCCGCCGCGAUUGCGACAGGCGUCUACACGGGGGCUGUGGGUGCGGAUCUGGCCUGGCCGCUGCGCGCACUGCUGGUGGGCGGCGGGCCGUUGCUGGUGCACCUGCUGUUCCCUGCUGUGGACUGGGCGCUGGGACCCAGUAGGGCGCUGGCGGAGCGGCAGCAGCAGCAGGCGCAGCAGCAGGCGCUAGGGAUCAAGGCCCCCGGCGCAGACCACUUCCUCUCCCGCGCGCUGCCCUGCCUGGCCGUGGCCGUACAGCUGCUGGUGCUGCUGGCGACGUACGGGGCACUGGCGGCGGCAGCGGGGGCGCCAGCGCCGCCACUGGCAGGAGCAGCGGGGGCGGCGGCGGCGGGGCUGCAGCAGCAGCAGCUGCUGCUACUGCCACUGCUGGUCACGAGCUUGGCGCUGAGUGCGGGCAUGGCGCAGGCAGCCAGCCACGAGCUGCUUCACAGCCGCCACCCGGUGCACCUGGCGGCGGCCUGGCUGUUCCUAACCACACACUGGUGGUACCCCUACUUCAGGGCGCACCACCAGCACCACCUGGCUGUGUGCACGCCCGCCGACUACGCCUCCGCCCCCCGCGGCCUGAGCCUGGCCGCGUACCUGCCCCGAUACAUCGGCAGCAGCUACACAGAGGCCUGGCAGCUGGCGGCGGCGGAGUGCCGGCGGGCCGGCCACCCUGUGUUCAGCACACACAACAGCUGCCUAGUAGCCCUGGUAGCCCAGGCCGCCCUCACCGCCGCCCUGGGCCUGGCGCUGGGCCCCGCCGCCGCCCUGCUGCACGGCGCCGUGUGUGCCGUACUGCUGACAUACAUGUCCGUACUGGAUUACGUACUGCACUACGGCCUGCGGCGGCCGCCUCUCGUGGUGGCGGCGGCGGCGGCUGCCACUGCCGGCGGUGUUGGUGGUGGUGCUGAUGCUGCUGUAAGUACUGUGGCCGACUCCCGGGAGGUAACGGGAGUCGCGCCGGCAGCUGCGGGGGUGGCGGCGGCGCCGGCAGCGGGAUCGGGUGCGGUCCGUUACGCGCCAGUGACCCCCUUCAACAGCUGGUCAUCGCUAUACCCACUGGAGAACGCGCUGUUCUUCAAUGUGCUCAUUCACGGAGACCACCACAUGACAGCGUCACGCAGCUAUGCCUGGCUGGUGCCGGCCCCCUCCUCGCCCACCUUCCCCGCGCCCAUCAACGCCCUGGCCCUCGCCACCUUCGUGCCGCCGCUGUGGAGGGCGGCCAUGCACGAGCGAGUUGACCAAGCCAACAGCGCCAACCUGCGGCACCUGGCGGCCACUGGUGUGCCGGUGGCGGCGGAGCAGGGGGCGGCGGAGCAGGGGGCGGCGGAGCAGGUGGCGGCGGAGCAGGUGGCAGCGGCCGGUACCGCUUGAUUGGUGGCCGGGGCGCGUGGAAGGGUUGGUGCGGCUAGGUGCCCGGAAGGAGGGCUGGGUGGCUCAUGGGAUGGCACCGAAGCGAUUGAAAAGGAAUGGAUGGCGGCACAGGAGCUCAGCUCAGUACCAGUGGGCGGGGACGCCAAGGGGCCAGGCGAGGCCAAGGGGCCAGGCGGCAAGCAUUCUGCUCCGUGCCCGCGCCUUCAAACACCUGUACCAUAGUAGACGGCGAGCGGAUGGGUGGUUGAUUGCGUGCGGUGUUUACCGGUACAUAAGAGGCGGUGUGGGAAUUACGAUACUGUGUACUGGUAGGCGCGCACAAGCGUGAAAGCUGGUUCAAACACGGAACAACUGAAGCGCGAGUGUGUGCGCCGCUCAGUGCUGACAUCUGGUCAACAAUUGAUAGACAAAUUGUCUGACGGUCUGGCUGACAACCGUUGCACCCUGUGCACCAUCAUUCAUAGAUUGUUUGACAGUUGACCAAUGUGUCUGGGCCAAGUUACCUGAUUGCAGAAGUUGCGCUUUCUUGUGUGUUGACCGUACGGCGCCGGCUUGCAUUGUACAGUUCGGCUUGCAAUGCAAUGUGUGUGCACCACUGCAUACGACCAUAAGGCAGGCGCAGCACUGUGGCGCAAGAGCUAGCAACAGUUGGCAUUGUAGCCUAUACGGCUAUACCGGCGGCUAUAUACGGCACCCCAUCUCCAGCCAUUGUUGUUCCCGUUGGGACACUACUGUGCCUGCGUCUUGCGUUGGCGCGGUUUGGCCCAGCCCAGACCUUGGGCGUGAUUGACCUGAGUGAUUGGGAGAGUGUGUGCUGCAGCGUGUGUGUGCAUAGUCUGGAGGACAGGGCCCUUGUCCUGUCCUCCCCAGCCGUUCGGCCUAGGUGCCUAGUUCCAUGACGUGAGCAGCUAGGUAGGUUAGUUGAUCCCGUCUUUGCGCUAGCCCUCGUACACUGUCCUGAGUGGCCGUCUCACUGUCUUAGGCGCAAGCUCAACUCAUUGUUUCGGCGUGAGGGGACGCCACGUUGGCGGAUGGCCUUACACCAUGGGGGGAAUGGGGCAUGUCGCACCCGAGGGGAACUGUAACCUAUGCCGACC